AUGGCUCUACAAAUUCCCAAGCUCGAUGAAGCCGGAGCAAUAGAAGCCAUGCAGAAGGGUACUACAUCCCUAGAGUUUUUUGGAUCACUGUGCAGAAAGCUGCCCACCACCUUAGCAGAGCUGAUGAAGAGAGCAGAAAAAUAUAUAAGGCAAUAUGAUGCCUUGACCACUAGCAGAUUCGCCAAGGAACCAAGAGAUAGAGGAAAGACAGGGGAGGAUAAACGGCCAGAUAAGCAGGAAAGGAGGCAAGAUCGGGGGCCUGAAGCAUUGAACAAACAUCAGAGGGAGAGGAAGGAGCAGAGAUCUUAUCAACCCCGGAUUCCUGUGGUAGUCACUCCUUUAAAUGUGUCUAAAGCCAAAGUGCUCGUAGCAGUCCAAGACAAGGAUUUCAUACAGUGGCCCAAGCCGAUGAAGCUAAUAAAUGAGAUAGAGAGGCUCAUUAAGAGAGGAUACCUUCGGAACUUUGUGCAAAAACUGAAAGGCCAAAGACCACAGCAGAAUGCAGCAGUGGAAAGGCCCCAGAGACUGGCAGGGGGACCAGUGAAUGACGACUCCAGUGGGACAAUCAACAUGAUUGUAGGAGAGACCGAAGGCCAUAUGAGCAGAAGAGGGAAGAAGAGAAGUAGGAACAGGGAGGGAAGCAGCGCCGAAGUAAUGCAGAUUGUGGAACAUUCUCCAAUGAUCAUCUCUUUUUCUCCAGAGGAUGCCCAGAGGGUGCAGAUGUCUUAUGAUAAUGCUUUGGUCAUAGAGGCCGUCAUCCAUAAUUUCAGGGUCCAAAAAGUUUUAGUAGACGAGGGCAGCAAGGUGAACCUACUGCCCUAUCGGAUCUUCGAGCAGAUGAACAUACCCGAGGAACAGCUGGUCAGGGACCAAGCUCCAGUCAAGGGGAUAAGGGGGACUCCAGUGGCAGUAGAAGGGAAAGUAAAAGUGGCCCUCACCUUAGGGGAACCAUCCCUAUCCCGAACUCACUAUGCAGUAUUCCUCAUGGUGAAGUUACCCCUGAACUACAAUGCUGUAAUACCCGGCUAG